GUAAACAUAUGAAUUCAGAACACGACAAUUGCCAAUCCAACAAAAAUAUUCCGUCUCCCAGUCAUUUCCAAACAAGCUCAGAGCUUCCUAGACAAUUUUCCCAUCACACGCCUAUGUACUGCCUAUUAAUUUGCUGCAUAUAAAUACCUUCAUUUUGAAAAUAUUGCGGCAUUAUGGCUGCCUCGCGCGUUCUUUCCCGCCAGUCGGCAGCUCUCAGAAUAUCUCAAAAAGGCCUGCAUCUUGAUGCGCGGCAUAUCUCCACGUCCUGUGUCUCCUCUCAGAGACCUUCCAAUGCCCUGACGUCCCAGGGACUGAGCAGCAAGCCGAAUCAGAACGCGAAGCCUUCUCUUCAAGGCCCCAGAAGGUCCGCGCCUAGCAUCCAGAAUAACGCUGCAACAAGACGAUCAUACCACUCUUACGAACACGCCCAAGCUGCACCAUUCACGCCUGCUGAAGACGCAAUUCUCUCUGCGGCUCUAAAGCAUGUUCCCGAGCGUGGGUUUACCAAUUCAGCGCUUGAACUGGGUGCGCGUGAUGCAGGAUACCUCGACGCCUCGAUCAAUCUCUUCCCGCGGGGCCCGUUCGAUUUGAUUAAUUACCAUCUCACCACAGAGAGACUAAAGCUCAAGAGACGAGUCAAUUGGGAGAAGUUGGAGAAAGAGGCCGGCAAGCCACUGGGCGUGGGUAGGCGAGUGAGGGAGUUGACUUGGGGGAGAUUAUUGGCGAAUAGGGCAAUUAUCGGGCGUUGGCAAGAGGUGAGUUGAACCUUUUCCAAUUCAAAUUUAUGUUAUUACCGGGGAGCGUGGAAGGGGAAGUUGCAAUCAGAACUGGGGGCGAAUGAAGUUGUCAUGAGGAUUCUUAGCUUUGGUUCUUGUCCAUAUCUUGAAGGGAAC